AUGGCGUCUCGGUAUGACCGGGCAAUCACUGUCUUCUCCCCAGACGGACACCUUUUCCAAGUGGAAUAUGCCCAGGAAGCGGUGAAGAAAGGAUCCACAGCGGUUGGAAUCCGAGGUACUGAUAUAGUUGUGCUUGGAGUAGAAAAGAAAUCUGUUGCCAAGCUUCAAGAUGAAAGAACUGUGAGGAAAAUUUGUGCCCUUGAUGACCACGUUUGCAUGGCUUUUGCAGUGCUCACAUUGUUCAAGGGACUGACUGCUGAUGCUAGAGUGGUAAUAAACAGAGCCCGUGUGGAGUGUCAGAGUCAUAAGCUUACAGUUGAGGAUCCAGUAACUGUAGAAUAUAUAACUCGCUUCAUAGCAACCUUGAAGCAGAAAUAUACACAAAGCAAUGGGCGAAGACCUUUUGGCAUUUCUGCCUUAAUUGUAGGUUUUGAUGAUGAUGGUAUCCCAAGAUUAUAUCAGACUGAUCCCUCUGGUACUUACCAUGCUUGGAAGGCAAAUGCAAUAGGCCGAAGUGCUAAAACUGUCCGAGAAUUUCUAGAAAAGAAUUACACAGAAGAUGCUAUAGCAAACGACAAUGAAGCUAUCAAAUUAGCAAUAAGAGCUUUGCUAGAAGUUGUCCAGUCUGGUGGAAAAAACGUUGAACUUGCUAUAAUAAGAAGAAACCAGCCUUUGAAGAUGUUUAGUGCCAAAGAAAUUGAAUUACAAGUAGCUGAAAUAGAAAAGGAAAAGGAAGAAGCAGAGAAGAAAAAAUCCAAGAAGACUACCUAA